AUGGCCGAUCGGCCCGUGUUUCAGCAGCCGCAAGACACACCACAAAGAUCUUACUGGUUCGCGCAAUCGGGUUCGGAUGUAGCGGACUGUUUGCGACACCAGGACUCGCCCGUCGGCUACACGGCGAGCCAGAACUCAAACCAGAUCCAAGCAGCACAGACUCCGGUUGGCUUCAGCCAGCCUUCCGGACAACAGGCUACGUUGAGCGACUGGGGCAGCUCGCAUUCUCAAGAUCCUCACCAUGCUGAACGGGUCCGACAAGAGGCUCGCGAGCGGCAAGAAGAACUGCACAGGCGGCGAAUGGAAGAAUUAGCCCAACACAAUGAGCACGCCCAACGAAUACGCGAGGACACCGAAACCGACAGACGGAAGCUCUACCAAGAGAAACAGGUGGUCCACGAAUCGAAUAAGCAACACGUGGACGACCGACGACGUGCCCUGCACGAAGCUGAUCAGGAAUGGCGUGAGGCCGUCCUGCGGAGGAGCCAGGAGCGGAAUUUGCGGGCAGAGCAGUACCGAAAGAAUCGAUUGAGCGCGUCCAUACUCGUAGAGGGAAAUCAACCGGUAUCGGUCAUGUCCAGUCCUGCGCGGGGUGCUUCGGAUGAGUUGGCUGCGGAUGGUCACGAAGAUAAAGAUGAUAAGGUGCCUCCUUUGCCAAGCGAGAAGCAAACAUUGAUGACGGCGUCCUGCUUCGGCAGUCUAUGGGGCUCGGGGGCUCUUGUUCAGGAGGAUGGGGAUCUCAUGAGCAGAAGUAUGAUCGUGACCUCGAGCGCAGCCCGCCGCAAGACUGAUCUGACGCCGGUGACGCCAUCGCCAUGGGCUCGCGGACUCGGUUCCAAAGCACUGCCGACGACGCCCACAAGACCGCAGACUGCAGCGGGCUCGGCGGGAACGCCCAAGCGAGCCGUGAGCAUGUCUCGCCUGGACAUCCUUGCGCAGCCUCGACGAAGAUUCACCAUGGAGGACCUCAAGAGUAGGUCUCAUUCGGCAUGGAAGCUGAACGAUUCCCCGCAGGGCGCCGGCUUCAAAGGAAUCCAGAGCGCCCGCAGCAUGUCACACUUGAGUUCGACGCCAUUGCAACCCCCUCGCAUUACGCGCACCUCCCACCUAAGACAGAAAGCGCGUCUAACAUGCCUCAAUCUACGCUUUGCGAUGUCAGGUCAUCAUUCAGCUUCGGCGACUCGCAGUGAGCAGGUCUCCCCGACCCACCAUUUGCCCACCCCACAUCAUCUGCGCUCAAGAAGUCAAAUGUCGUCAGACCUCUCGCAGAGUUCUGUGGCCUCUUCGGUGGGCAGUCCGCAUGCAAACAUGAGGCCUAAACCCCAAGGUUCCGCGAACCGGAAGACCCGACCUCUGAGCAUUGCGGGUUCGAUUCCUUCGAGCGAAUUAGAUAAGAAAGACAAGCCGAUCGUUUUGAGGAAGCCCCAGAAGCCCGUGCCGCCCGCUUCGUCGCCGGAACCGCAGGCCGGCAGCAGAAGCCGCCGAUCCGCGUCACCCAAGAAGAAGGAGGCGACCUCUCCCCAGAAGGAGAUCAGUCGGGACGGGGCUCCGCAGAACGCGAACGUAUCGAAUGCGAUGACGGAAUCGACCAAUACCCUCCCGGUCGAUAUCCCGCUGCUUAUGACUCAGAGCUUUACAGAAGGCUGUAUGCCGAUCGAGAACCGUCCUGCGGAAUCGCGCAAGACGAAAACUCGAGAGGAGGCCAUGGCCGAAAUCGCAGAAGCCAGGAAAAGGGCUCGCGAAGAAAUCGAGAAGCAGGCUGAAGAGGAGCGUAAGAAAAAAGAAGAACAAGCCGCUGCUAGGAGAGCUAUCCAAGAGAAACGUCGACAACUUGAAGAAGAAGCCCGACUCAAGCGAGAGAAGGAGGAAGAGGAGAAGCGGAGACUCGAGGAAGAGGCUCGGAAGGCCGAAGAAGAACGACUUCGUCUCGAGGAGGAGCAGAAGCGACUCGAGGAGGAGAAGGCCAAGCAGGAAGCAAUCGAGCGUCAGAAGAAAGAAGAGCAGGAGAGACUCGAGCGGAAGAAACGAGUCGAAGAAAUUAUGGCGAGGACCAGGAAGGCUCGCGCUGCUGCUGCGGACCUCAAAGAAUCGAAUGGAACACAGGGUGGAGUCGAAAACAACACCAGCGCCGACGCGAGUCCCGUAAGGGAUGUGUCGAGUGCGACCGUUAUCCCACAGCAAAAACAUCAGAAUGGCUUGUCGAAUGGUCACAGCGCCAACAGUUUUGCAGCUCAGACAGUCAGUGUUGGGGGAGGAGGAGGCAACGUCAAUGUGAUAAGCGAGAAGAAAGCUGAGGCAUCAGAGAAAAGAGUCGACGAAUUGAUUUCGAUUGAAAACUCCAAUAACGGACCCUCGUCCACUGAUUCGGGCACGGGUUCCGCCGAUUUCAACUCGAAUAGUACCCAGCACAGUAAUGCGGCCAACAACAAUGUAACCACGACGACGACGACUACCACCACCACGAGCACCGGUCAGAUGCAGGGAACUCCCAACGAUGCGAGCCUCGUAACUCAAGAGGCUCCCCUCAUCCAAGAUCUGUUAUCAUAGAUGUUAACAGC